UGAGCCUUUGGGCUUCCGUAGUCGCCAGGAUCCCAGAAGCUGGGAAUUGACCUUUAGUGUUGCGUUUCUGUGUCUCAGGCGGUGGCCCUGGGCUGUGGGAACAGCGGGACGAUCCGAUCAUCUGCACUUCGGCUGCAUCAUGGUCCAGCUUAGUACCUUCCUGUGUAGGGCUUACCGUGGUGGCCACUUAACCAUCCGGCUUGCCCUGGGUGGCUGCACCAACCGGCCCUUUUAUCGCAUUGUGGCUGCUCACAACAAGUGUCCCAGGGAUGGCCGUUUUGUGGAGCAGGUGGGCUCCUAUGAUCCACUCCCGAACAGCCAUGGAGAAAAACUCGUUGCUCUGAACCUGGAGAGGAUCCGGCAUUGGAUUGGCUGUGGGGCCCACCUCUCUAAGCCUAUGGAGAAGCUUCUGGGUCUGGCUGGCUUUUUCCCCCUGCAUCCUAUGAUGAUCACAAAUGCUGAGAGACUGCGAAGGAAACGGGCACGUGCAAUCCUCUUGGCUUCUCAGAAAACAAACACAGAGACUACAGAAACAGAAGCAAGCUGACUUCAGUGAAUGUGGCAGUGGUUACAAGGUCAAGAUCUUCUAUAUACAGAGCUCUUAAUUUUGUUAGGUUUGAAGAACAAUAAAUGGAGUGU